AUGUCGACAUUGGAAGAAAUAGAGAAUCAAGAAGACUUAAUAGAUCAAGAGAUAUUAAACUCGGCUACGAGUGAUAUUAGUAAUAGGACCAAGCUCUUGGAUAAUGAUAUCAGGGUGAUGAAGUCCGAGUCUCAGAGAUUGACGCACGAGAAAACAGUCAUGUUAGAAAGAAUCAAAGAUAACCAAGAGAAAAUUAAUAAUAAUAAGCAAUUACCUUACUUGGUGGGCAAUGUCGUUGAAUUGUUGAAUCUUGAUGCCGAAAAGGAAGCUUCAGAACAAGGUGCUAAUGUUGACGUAGAUGCGGCUAGGUCGGGUCAGUCUGCAGUGAUCAAGACAUCUACGAGACAAACGAUUUUUUUACCUUUAAUUGGAUUAGUGGAUCCUAGCAGUUUGAAGCCAAAUGAUUUGAUCGGCGUUAAUAAGGACUCUUAUUUAAUAUUGGAUACCUUGCCUUCAGAAUAUGACUCACGAGUUAAGGCGAUGGAAGUUGAUGAAAAGCCAAGCGAGGAUUAUUCAGAUAUCGGUGGUUUGGAUAAGCAAAUCGAAGAGUUGAUUGAAGCUGUAGUAUUACCCAUGAAACAAGCAGAAAAAUUCGUGAAUCUAGGAAUUAAGCCUCCAAAAGGUGCUUUGAUGUACGGACCUCCAGGAACUGGUAAAACAUUAUUGGCAAGAGCAUGCGCAGCACAAUCAGGCGCAACUUUUUUGAAGUUAGCAGCCCCACAACUAGUUCAAAUGUUUAUUGGUGAUGGGGCUAAAUUAGUGAGAGAUGCAUUUGCUUUGGCUAAAGAGAAAGCGCCCACUAUCAUCUUUAUCGAUGAAUUGGACGCUAUCGGUACCAGAAGAUUUGACUCAGAUAAGAGUGGAGAUAGAGAAGUCCAAAGAACGAUGUUGGAGUUGUUGAAUCAAUUAGAUGGGUUUGGGUCUGAUGACAGAGUUAAAGUAUUGGCAGCUACGAACAGAGUCGAUACCUUGGAUCCUGCUCUUUUGAGAUCAGGUAGAUUGGACAGAAAAAUAGAGUUCCCAUUACCAUCAGAAGAAGCUAGGGAAUCUGUCUUGAAGAUACACGCAAGGAAACUAAAUUGUGACAAUAAUUCUGUGAAUUGGAGAGAACUUGCAAGAUCAACUGAUGAAUUCAAUGGUGCACAAUUGAAAGCAGUGACUGUGGAGGCGGGUAUGAUUGCAUUGAGAAAUGGCAAAUCCAUUAUAAAACACGAGGAUUUUGUUGAGGCCAUUAGCGAAGUGCAAGCAAGAAAAUCAAAAUCUAUAAAUUUUUACGUCUAG